GAGAGGGAGAGACGUCACGCGCGGUGUGUUGACGUGACACGCGGCACCGGCGAGAUGUGGAAGGUUGAGGGCUCUGACAAGGCGGUGAGUGGAGAGGUCUGGACGGGGCAGUGCGUGGAAGUUCUUUCCCCGCCGGCUCAGGGUCGCGCGCGGGCCCAGCCCUGGAGAGCUCCCCCUGCCCCGGCCUUCCCGGCUCUGGUCUCUCCUGCUUCGGCAGCAUUUGCCCUGUCGAUACUCCGGCGGCGUAUCACUCCGAUACAUUCGGAUGCGUGCACACCCGACACGCGUCUUUCCGUAGGAAUCCGGAGCUUCUCGACUCGGAGAGACCAUGCCUCCCGUUUCAAUCUGUUGCGUGCAAACAAAGAAAAGCCACUUUGCCCGUUUAGAACCACCACGAGGAAAUACGUAGUUGUUUCCAAGCAUCAGCUGAACGUGUCAUUUCACUACUUACAAAAUUGGUUUGCUCAAUGGGUUAAGUCUUGGAAAGAGUGUUGUUUUUAUUCUCCAAUUUUAGUUAUGCCAAUGGCUCCUGAAAUCGCGGUGUGGUAUUCUAGGGGUGCUGUGAUAAAGCGCAUUUCAAGCAGUCGCAUCAUCUAUUGCUGCGCUGUGGCAGUGCCCGCUCCGAUCAGCACAGUGUGACAUAAGAAGAUGAGUCAAAAAUAGCUCUUUGUUUUCCCCUGUUCAUGAAUUGACUUUGUGCCUCCUCCCCAACCCCCAACCCCCACCCCAUCCUUCUUUUGCAAUGAACAUUCAUCGUGGUAAAUUAUUUUCUAAUUCAGCAAUGAUUUUUAUUGGAGCUUUUGCCCUACUGAAAUAUGCCCCUUGAACUUUCCUGGGGCAGGAAAAAAACCCCAACCAAGGCAUAUUUUCUUGUUUGCCUUAGAUAAAUGAUAAACCUAGGUUCACAGAAGGUGGUUGGCUUGAACUUUAACAUGUAACUCCUGCUUGCUUAAUAGCUGAGCAUUUUUAGUUGCACUUGCAAAUAAAGCUGAGGAAUAGGUGAGUGAAGAUACAGUACUGUAUUGGAGUUGCUUGGCUAGUUAAAUUGCUUUGUGGGGAGGGGGACUUUGGGAUUGAAAGAAACUACCUAAAUUUCAGGUCUUGGAUUGAAUAUAUAGUUGUCAUGAUUGCCAUCAAAUAAAAACUAAGAGAUGCAAUAUUAUGUUUCUUUGUAUAUACUGUAAUGUAAUUAAUGUGCACGGCGCUUUACAUAUACAAGAUAACCGGUCCUAUCCAUCCCUGAGGGGGCUUACAUUCUAAUCAAUUGACCACAGGUGACCACAGAUAAAAUGGAGGGAAAUACAGGCAGGAGUAAGCAGGGGAAGACUCUGUAUUUAUUUCAGUUACACAUUCUUUGGGUUUGUAGUAAUUGGAGAUUGUGCUAAAGGCUUUAUGGAAAAGAUGGGUUUUGUGGAGGGAUUUGAAGGAAGUAAGAAAGGUGGUAUAACAAAGGUACACUGUAUAAGUGCAGCUGGAUUCAUUGUUCCCAGAUUUCUAAGGACUCCAACUUAACCUAAUUGCUUUCUAACCAUUGUUGCUCAGCCCUGAACCAUUCAUACAGAUUAUACUAAGAUUUCAGCAUCACAUGUUCUAAAUCUAUUAUGAAAUCCACUGCAGCUUGACAGCUAAGAACACAAAGUACAUGAAGCUUAUAUGUGAUUUGCUCAUCAAUUGGACUAUUGUUUAUCUGUGAAGGUGUACUAGCCUAGUAUAAUGGCAAGUAAUGAAUGAGCUACAAUUUCCAAAUACCAUUCAAUAUUGCUUCAUAUAUUACAUAUUUUUCCGUGUAUAAGACUGCCCCAUGUAUAAUACGCCCCCCUACUUUUGGGGACCCCAAAUUUAGAAAAUGGGCAUAUUCACUAUCCAUGUAUAAGAUGCCCCCAGAUUUUUAAUCCCAUUUUAAACUAAAAAAACUAGUCUUAUACACAGAAAAGUACGGUAAUUAUCCUGCCUUCCUUUGAAGUGCACAGUGGCACUUCACAGGGUAGUUGCAAGAAUAAAUUAGGUGUUUGGUGGAACCAUAAUUAAGUCACAGUGGCUUGUGAAAUCAGUUCAGCACAAAGAGUGUUGAGCCCAAGUUCAACUAUUGAUCAUUAUAAUGGCUAUGCAGAUAUUUUAAUCUAGGUCUUCCUAGUCUUAGUUCAGCAUUCUGUUGACUACACCACACUUGCUCUGUGGUAUCAUAUAGUACAGGAGCUUCUCCUUUAGAUUUUUGCAGCGAGAGAUUUUUACAGACAUUCCUCUUCUUUGGCGAUCACUCGUAGCCAAACCAUCCUAACUAUCUUUGUAGAAGCUUACGAAAAGCUUGGCCUAUCACUCAACAUCCAAAAAACCAAAGUGCUGCACCAACAAGUACAAAAUAAAUCCUCUGCAGCGCCACAAAUCCAACUCAAUGGUGUAACGUUUUACAGACAGUCCUGUACAUGUCUACUGAGAAGUAAGCUGCAUUGAGUUCAAUGUGACUUACUCCCAGGUAAGUGAAUAUAGGAUUGCAGGCUUAGAUAUUCACUGGAGGGAAGUAAACAUCUCAGUAAAUGUGCAUAGGAUUCCUCUGUAUGCCAGAUUCCAUGCUUAUUAGCAGGCUCAGUGGUUGGUAAGAAAACUUGAACUUUGAGUUCUAAAUCCAGUCUUGGUUACAACAUGAAUGAGACCUAAGCUUCUAUCAAGACUUGCUUAACAUUAAGCUGUAUUAUGCAUCUGACUACUUUAGUUAUUAUGCCUUUAACAAGGAGGAAAAUGCAAAGGUGGGUAUUUAUUAGAAAAUACCCAAGUUUUUAAUAAAUACUGGCUAGCACGAUUUUGCAUUUUUAUUUCCUUUUUGGAAAUAAAAAAGUUUAUUCACUAUUAUGCCUCCAGUUCUAUGAUAACAAUCUAUGUUUUUAUUUCAACAUCCCAUGUGACAACAUCCUAAGCUUUAUAUUUGAAUAGGGAAACUACUGGUGGUGCAAAAUAACAAUUCACUCAACAGGGAUGUUAAUGGAUAUUCUCUCAAAAUGGUGUUGGUUAUUGGUAAAGUUGAAUAAAGGAUUUCACUUGUUUGCUACUGCAUUUAAAACUUUGUUGUAAUUUGAUUUAGACAAUCAAUCUGCUCCUAAGUUGCUGAAGCUGUCUUUUUAACAUAAAUUCUGAGUUCAUUUGGCUUGGGAUGUUCAUUGUAAAAUGAAAGUUUAGGUUUCAGAUUGUUAGACCAAUUUUUUGCCAUUUUGUUAUGCCAAAGUAUAGCCUAGAAUGAUAUUCUAAUGCUGCAUAUGGAGAAGAGUUUUCAGCAAACUUGUCCUUAGCCCUAAUUUUAUGUUAAGAGGGGACUUUAUUAUGGGAUUUCUCUCCAAGAAUACUUUCUACUGCUCUUGGAACAAAACAUACUGAUUUGAAUCUAGAUGGAAAACGACAUAGCUGCUGAGGGAGAGAAGUUUAAAGAUUCAUUUUAGGUUUUGUAACUAGUCAUAAAGCUGAGGGAUCAAACUAUGAGAGUGGAGCUAUGGAAUGAUAAGGAAAUAAAAAAAAGGCAGAGGGCAAAUGACGUUUCUGAGCGGGAGGGGCAGCAAAUUGAAACAGGCAUAAGGGUAGAAGCAGGAGAAGAUAACAAGUCCAGUGGAUUCAGAUGCCAAGUUCUAAUCACAUGUCGGUGGACAGGUAUAAUUAGUAGACUGGGUGUGCAAAUAGUGAGGUGAUGUACUAUGCUGAAAAGCUGAUGCAUAAAGUAGUUUGAGGCUUUUUAGAAAUAAGAGCAUGUCACAGCUAAGUAUGGACAAAAUCAACCAAGAGUCUUGUGGCACCUUAACAACUAACACAUUUAUUUUGACAUAAUUUUCUGUGGGCCAGUCAUCAGAUGCUCUGUAAGGACUUGCAUUUCCCCUGAACUUCUUUUUGACAAGUUCUGCAUAGGCUCUAAAACUCAGCACUCUACUCAAAUAGGUAAAAUGCAAUUGGCUACAUUAGAUUGACUUUUUUAAUUUUUUAGUUUGAAAGUCUGUGUGAUGCAUUGCAUUCCUCUUUUUCUUCUUCCUCCCCCCUUUCCCAAAUAAACUUUAUUUCUGUUCUUUGACAUUUUGUUUCAUGAGCUGAAAAUAGUAUUCCUCUGGAAUUUCUCCUUAAAGACUUCCAUAUGUUAGACUGCACGGUUAUUAAGCUAGCUCUUGUAUUUCAAAAUUACCUCAUAGAGUUCUAUGGUGUCCUCUAAGCUUUGGAAAAGUAAAACUAAAGCUCAUUUUUCCUAGAAUAUGGCUGGAUCACUCUCUGUAGGAUUUACCCCCUCGUCUCCCCACCCCUCCAUUGCUGGAUAAUCUGGGAGAUUUAGUAUGACUGGUAGCAACCUAUCAGAAUUCAUCUUUGGUGAAAGCCUUAUAUGUUCUCUACUUUCUGGGUUCUUGUGAGGUUCUUUUGUGCUAUAAUCAGACACAGCAUUGGUUGGGAACAUUAGUCUAAAAACAAUUUGCAUCUGAUUUGAAAGUAAAAGUUAAUACACAAAACAAAACAAAAUAUACUGAAAGAUAAAUUUGAGUACAAGGAAAGAAAACUGCAUCUAAUUCUAAUACCCCUCCCAUUCUGCCUCUCUAAUAACUGUACAUAACCGUAGUGAAAUGGUGUGUUUUACCCUCCCUGAUUUUUAAGCCGCUGCCAUCAGGAGAAGAUGAGAUUCCCAUUGUCUGUCGUUUUGAAUGACAUUUGUGUUCUUUGUCUGCCCAAGCCUGCUAGUGUUUUAGUGAGGACACAGAAGUCUUGGCCUGAACACAGCUUAGCCUGAAUUGAAUAGAUUCAUGUCAAUGGCUUAAUUUGGCAUUUGGCACAGUUUCAACAUUAUGUUGAAGCUGUUCAACCAGAUACUCUGUGAGGGAGGAGGAGCAUAGCUUGCAUUUUUAUGAAAUUGCCUGGAACAUUAGAAUGCAUCUUGAACUGUUCCGUAGACUCAAAAGAUGCAGCCCCUAAUGGUGAGAAUCAGAUUCUUGGAGUGCAUUUGUAGCAUGAGCUGUGGUUGGGGUGGCUUUUUAGGAUGUUGAAAGUCUCCUGUGUGUAAGAGGUUUGGUGUAACUAAUUAUGCUAUUGGUUAAUAACUCUGCUGCAGGAACUUCUCCAACUCUGCAAAUCCUGAUUUGUACAGCGGCUGUCCAAGGCUCCCAAGCACAAUGGUACUUUCCUGGGCUGCAGUCAUUGCUAUGUUUGCGCUUUCCUCCAUUUACUGCCUAGUUUCUCACCACGGCCCAGAGCUGUGGUUUCAAGACCUCUUCCCUUCCAAAGUGUGCCCUGCAAACACCAGCAUGGAUACGCUAUAUGGCAUUAUGUUUGAUGCAGGAAGCACAGGGACACGGAUUCACAUUUACACCUUUGUACAGAGAAGCCCAGGUAAGAUCACAUGAGAAGGUUCUAAGCCUAUGCCGUGGGGACCUUAGAUUGUGAAUAUAUUGUAUGCUUUUGCUAAUUCUGAUACCAAUGAUCUUACUCAUCCUCUAAAAGUUGGAGAACUAGCUUGAGUACUACUGUGACCAGCCAUUGAAACUUUAUUCUGAGCUCUAGAGUUUCUUAAUGCAUCAUAAGCCUUUAUUCUCAGAGCUUCUGUCUUGUUUUCUUUAACCUUUGAUCAGUUUGUACAUGUUUGCUUCUCUUCCUAGAUAAAGUUCAUUGUGGUUCAGUUGUACUGCUUAGUCAUGCUUCUUUUGAGAGGGUGUUCAAUUUAAAGUGGCUUUAUCACAGAAAACAGCAGGGGAUUUUGGUCUGAAAUGUUGUCUGUAACAGAGUGAGUGUCAGAAAGGUGGGAACUUGGUAGUGGUAUGAGACGUAUAUUCACUCCUACAGUGAAUUGUUAGGAGAUUAUCAGAUAACUGUCAAACAAAACAAAUAUGUUUUCUAAAAGUUACUCUAGGCAGGGAGGGGAAGAUGUUUUGUAAUUUAGAAGGUGACCUUGUUUCAAUAAAUGGAUGAGUGGGGGGAGGAAAUUGGGAAGGAUCACCAUAGGACCUGGGUAGGCAAACUAAAGCCCGGGGGCCGGAUCCAGCACAAUCGCCUUCUAAAUCCGGCCCGCCGAUGGUCCGGGAAUCAGCGUGUUUUUACAUGAGCAGAAUGUGUCCUUUUAUUUAAAAUGCAUCUCUGGGUUAUUUGUGGGCCAUAGGAAUUCGUUCUUUUUUCUGUCUUUUCUUCAAAAUAUAGUCGGGCCCCCCACAAGGUCUGAGGGACAGUGGACCGGCCCCUGCUGAAAAGGUUUGCUGACCCCUGGCUUAGGACAUGCUAGAUAAAUUUUUCAGCUCCUUAUUUUGAUUGCUUGGCCUUAUCCAGAUCAGCUUGCUUUGUCACGUUUCAUCUAAUUUUGUGCUGACUUGUUGCCCCAGUAAUUCUUUUUACACCUGGAUUUGCAGGGCUCAGAAUCUCCUUUCCCAAAAGUAUACUGAAUUUGUCAGUUUGGCUGCAUUUUCAAAACCAAAGCCACAGUGGCCCAUACUAGAACAUUUUCUGUGUGAAAGAAAUAAUGAUGUGUUAGAUUGAUAUCCUGUGAAACCAGUAAAUUCCUUUUGAUAGAUAUGCACACAUUUGAGAAGAUCAACUAUUAUAAAAGUUGUUUGGCUUGAUUUUUGCAGAAAAACCUGCAGAGUUAGAAGGCGAAAUCUUUGAAUCAGUCAAGCCAGGACUCUCCGCCUAUGCUGAUCAGCCUGGAAAGGUAAGACAUUCUGAUGGCUUUUUGUGACUAUUUGGCUCUCUUCCUCCCCACUCAUUAUAAAUUCAGUUUAUAUAACAUGAAGAAGAAAAAGAAAGCAUAAUGGGAAGGCGAGGAGGACAAAGAGGCGGGUGAGAAGUAGAUGUUUUGCUGUACAUCACCAUCAGUAGACAUGGUGCUUGACACAGUUUAAGAAUGGGGAGGGGGAGCUGGACAAGAGCUUACAAUCUAGGAUAGCAGAAGAGGUAAGAGAGGGUGGGGCAAGAGGAACUUGGUGGGUGGAAGGGACAAAUGUGAGUAAAUGCAGUUGCAUGUACCUGCAACUUAGUUAUAGGCGAGAGCGAACUUACCAACGUUUGUGUCUUGGAUUUCUCUCCAACUUUAGGGAGCAGAAACAGUCAGACAGUUGUUGGACAUGGCUAAAGAAGCUGUACCGCCCAGUCACUGGAAUAAGACCCCAGUAGUCCUGAAAGCCACGGCUGGUCUGAGGCUGUUAGCAGAGCAUAAAGCCCAAGCUUUACUCUCUGAGGUAACUUUAGGUUGUAUUGCAAGGGGGUUGGCUUAUUGUGUAAAAGUUGGGGGCAUAUGUAACAAGCUCUUUUCAGUGCUUGCCUAUGUGCGGUUUUGCCUUGAUUUAAAAAAAAAUACUAUACCAGUCGUGUGAGAGGCACUUGUAGAUCCUACAUCUGCUGUCACUAUGUUUCAAUAAAUUCCUGUUUUAUACCUGAAUGCUGGGUGAAAGCGCUUGACUUGUGCUCACCUUGAUUUACCUCCCACUGUUUUUUGUACGGGAGGAAAGUUAUGACAUCCACUCAUCCAUGCAUAACCUAGUUUUUUCAUUUCCACAGGUCAGGGCGGUCUUUGAGGAGUCACCAUUUCUAGUUCCUGAUAACAGUGUUAGCAUCAUGGAUGGAUCUUAUGAAGGUGGGUCCUGGGAGGCAGAAAAUGGGAAGGAAUGGAGGUGAGUUCAUGGAGAAAGAAAAGGGAGGGGAUCAAGUGAGGAAGAAUAACCACAGAAGCAAGAGGGAAGGAGUAGCAUCUCCCCAGUGCCAAAUGAAAGGUAAAAUAUUGCUGGUAUCACAGUGGCCAAACCACAAUAUCUUUCUUAGUCCCAAAGAGACGCUUUAAGUUUCUAGAGGAGAAUUAGGUUCCAUACACAGGAAAGCAAAGAGUCUCCUUGGUUUUAAUGGCAACAUUUCAUAAUGCAAGUACUGUUAGAUGGAAAGCAGUCACAUAGUUUGCAAUUAGAAGAAACUCAAGCAAAGGACAAAUUCAAGUAGCCAAACUGGCAUAGUGAGUAAAUAGUUUUAAGUGUAUCUAGCCCAGGGGGGUGGGAGCCCCUGUAUGCCAGAGAUGUGCAGGGUUGGAGACAAAAGUAUGUUGCCCGACAGGUGAGACUUUUACCUUUGUACAGUCAGCUACAUUGUCAGAGGUCUUUAUGCGCACCCCUGCCCCAGUCUCAACAACUGGCAUUGUCAAAGGUCAGGGACAUAGUCUUUUGGUGAAGGAAAAGCAGUGGAAGAGGACGUGGAACAGGGCUGGAGAGAGGUGUGGCCUAUGGAUGGGGCAUGACCUGGUAGGGUUCUGUGGACCAGAUGGAAAGGCCUGGAGGGCUGCAUUGGCCCCUGAGCCUGAGAUUUCCUACCCCUAAUCUGACUAACAAUGACAGCUGGAGUAGAGGUUUUCUGUUUCCUCACAAGCAUGGUUUUUCAGUCAGCCUACAUUUACCAAAUGAUCUUCAACUCACUUUCCAUACCUUUGUGAUGAACAGUGAAUUAUUGUUUGUUACUUAUUGGGAAGUACAGGCAAAAGAGCACAGUCCCUGCCUGCACAUUUGCAAGCCAAAAUAUUUUCUGAGAUGGGAAACAGUGAGCAGUGCAAAGCUAUCCCACCAUACUUAUUGCGCGCUAAACUCAGCCUGGAUCCCCCUCACAUGUUCAACAUGCCAAAGUGGUCAAGUGAAUUGUCCCUAAGCUGACAAGCCUGUUAAGCAUGUCCACUAAGAGUAAGGAUAAUACAUUUUUUGUGGGUUAGAAAUGAAGUCAAAUAUAUUUCAAGAGCGGAAUUGUGGAAGGUCUCAAAUGGAAAACAGUGAAGGCUGAUGGGGGUGGAGACUAGAACAUAUUCAAAACCUAGGGAAGGAUUGGAAGAGAUUAUGCUUGAACAGUGAUAGAGGUGGAAAUCUAGCAGCAGUGGAUAUCUUUCUGGAUUGCAUUUGGGUCUCAAGAUAGAUUUCAGUUACUUUUCCUUCCUUUUUGCAGGUAUACUAGCCUGGAUCACUGUGAACUUUUUGACAGGUAAUUACUGCUUUGUGAUUUCAGUUUUGAGGCUUGGAUAGAGUCUGUUCCGUAAAAACUGAGUAGGUAGUUGGAUAUUUAUAGUGCAAAUUUUCAGAAGACUCUGCUGCUGAAAUCCAUUCAGGGCUGCAAAUAAUAGAUAACAUGGAAACUCUCUGGGCAUGUGGGUAGUCUUUGAACUUCUUCAAUGUUCCCUGCAGGGCAGUUGUAUGGCCGGAAUCAGCAGACGGUGGGGACCCUGGAUCUGGGAGGAGCCUCAACCCAGAUCACAUUCCUGCCACAGCGAGAGGUGAGGAAUCUCGAGGUUGCCCAAAUGUUGGAUAAUUUGGUGCAGGUGUCCUAUUUAUUUCAUGUUUUAUUUCAUUUAGAUCUAGGCUGCUUUAAUCUGGCAGGGGCAACCCAGUCAGAUGGGCGGGAUACAAAUAAUAAAUUAUUGUUAUUAUGAAAUUAUUAUAAUAAUAUUCAUUAGGUUGUUAGGCUUCUUUGUAAAAGUGUUUUAAAUACCAGAAAUAAUGUGAAAUGGUAUGCAUUUGAUAAUGUUGCUUUUCAAGCUGUGACUUCCAAAAUGUUGCAGCUUGUUCUUUAAAGUAGUGCCUGUAUCUUAUUAUCAUACGUAUAUUCUGACCAGGGAACGUGGGUGGUGCUGUGGUCUGAACCACUGAGCCUCUUGGGCUUGCCAAUCGGAAGGUUAGCGGUUCGAAUCCUCGCAACGGGGUGAGCUACCGUUGCUCUGUCCCAGCUUCUGACCUAGCAGUUCGAAAGCACACUAGUGCGAGUAGAUAAAUAGAUACCGCUGCAGCAGAAAGGUAAGCGGUAUUUCCAUGUGCUCUGGCACUCAUUGCAGUGUCCCAAUGCACUAGUAACGGUUUAGUCAUGCUGGCCACAUGACCCGGAAAGCUGUCUGUGGGCAAACGCCAACUCCCUCGGCCUGAAAGCGAGAUGAGCGCCACAACCCCAUAGUUGCCUUUGACUGGACUUAACCAUCCAGGGGUCCUUUACCUUUUUUCCUUAUUGUGAGCUUUCCAGCAUCAUCAAUUUAUGACUGUGACUACAUUCAUUAUCAACCUUCAUAGAAGAUUUUCUUCCUUACUACAGUAGAGCAGAUGUUUUCUGAACAUUAAUAGCUUAAGAUUAUCAAAAUUCUCUUGUCUCUUCAAGACUCGUGUGAAUGUUAUAUGCUGUACUAAUGUUACACAAAUGUAUCUUGAAAUUUUAAAGUCACUGAAGAAACCUUUUUCAUUAUCCUAAUUUUAGGAAACCCUAGAGCAAACACCAGUAGAUUUCCUUACCUCAUUUGAAAUGUUCAACAGCACUUACAAGCUCUACACACACAGGUGAGUGAGGCAGUUCUAUGCAAAUGACUAUUUUUAAGGACACUGUUAGGUAUUUGCCAGAUGUAAUAUUGCCUUAAUAAUUUGUAUUGCUUAUUCUGAAGUCAGCAUCGCAUCUCUUGCUAGUUAUCACAACCCCACAUGUGUCUUUAUUCUCAUUAUAAUAAACAGGUAGUCUGUGGAUUACUGUAAAGAGCCACAUGCUAACAUUUCAUACAUGGGCUUAGCAAGGAGGAGGCUGUUUUAGCAGAGUAUUGAUCUUAUAUCCUUGUUCAUAAAAUUGCCUAGUCUUGUAAGUGGGAUAGGAUGAACUCCGACUUUAACCAAGUGCUGUUUGGCCUUCUUCAUUUUACAGCUAUUUGGGGUUUGGUCUGAAGGCUGCACGGCUUGCUACAUUGGGAGCCCUGGAAAUGGAAGGUACAGUCAGACAGAAUAGCUUUGUGUUUUUGUGUGUGGAUGGACUCGGGGGGGGGGGGUUCAUCCAGCUAAGUGGAUUCAUCCAGUCCCUAGAAUUUGUCCUGUUCAGAAUUCUAAUGGGAAAUGGUCCUAGACCAGCUUCUGACAGGCUGACUGUCUCUUUAUCCCCUUCCUGGUGUGCAUUUUCCUUUUAAUGAGAUUCUGUUGUCACUGAGACAGGUAACAUGGCACUCUGUAGGCUUAUACAAGCCAGCUGAAAGAUAAACUCAAAGAGGAGCCAAAUUGUGGAAAGCAAUUGUAGCUGCCCUUUGUGGUGGGUAACUGCUUAUUAAAACCAAGCCUUUGGGUGGAGGUGAGUUUGGGUUGUGAUUACAAACAAACAAACAAACAAACAAGCACCAUGAUUACGAUCUACAUUCUAAACAGUAGAUAUACUACUUCAGCUCUUUUAAACGGUUCAGCAACUCAGCUUCCUGUUUUGCUCGAAUGUGAAAAAAUUUGGGUUCAGGGGAUGCUCUUCCUACUUGAGAACCUUCUAAGUAUCGUCUCCUCCUUUUGAUUAGCCUUCCUCAAACUCGGCCCUCCAGAUGUUUUGAGAUUACAGUUCCCAUCAUCUCUGACCACUGGUCCUGCUGCCUAAAGAUCAUGGGAGUUGUAGGCCAAAAACAUCUGGAGGGCCAAGUUUGAGGAAGCCUGGCCUAGGAGUCCACUAACAUAUUAAUAUCAAGACCCUUUGAGUAGCACGUACAGCUAUUAUCAUUUUCACAUCCCAUUAUAAUGCCAACUCACCCAGAAUACACUUAAGUUUCAUGGCCUCCAUCCCGGUGUUGUACAUUGCUGCCCCAUCUAUACAUUUUUAGUCCAGUUUGGCUGGGAGCAGAAGCAUUCCUCAACCUGUAUCUGUCUCUUCCAUUUUUCACCUACCUGUCUAUACAGGACCCACCUGCCUACAUAGAGUUUAGUGCAGGGGUGAGAAAUGUGUGGCUCUCCAGCUGUUGUUGAAUUCUAACACCCAUCUGCUCCAACAACCCAGCAUGACCAGUGGUCAGGAUUGAUGGGAACUACAGUACACCAACAUCUGGAAGACCAAAGAUUAGCUACUCCUGGUCUAGUGGACUGAGCUUCCUAUUUGGGGAAACAAGAAAAAACUUGAUUUUCUUCUAUAAAUGGACUUUGGCAUUUGAACUUUUCCCAACUUCCUUUUCCUUCAAGUACCAAGGGUACUGAAAAACAUAAGCAUUAUUGAUUUCACCCGAUCUAUAUUCUCUUUAGCAUCAGAUGGACGGACGUUCCGAAGUUCAUGUUUGCCAAAACAGCUGGAGGCAGAAUGGCACUUUGGGGGAGUGAAAUACCAGUAUGGUGGCAACAAAGAAGGUAAGUUAGAGAGAUAAAGUUUCCCAAGACUGUUGCUGCUCCUCUGACUUUUAUCUAUCUAUCUAUCUAUCUAUCUAUCUAUCAUCUAUCUUCUGGUCCCAGGGAGCUUAUUGCUGGGGUAAUGGCUUGAAAUGGUUUAGACCCAGCCAGAAAUAAUAAUGAUCAGGAAACAGAUCUUCAGCUGAAAAGCCAUUGAUUGUGCUCGUUGGAGUAUAUUGUCCCACUGAAGUAACAUGGCCGGUCUCUUGUAUUCUUAUUUCAUCUGGGAAUCCUUGAUCUGAAUCUCAGUGAAGCUGUCCAUUGCCAUAAUUUAUUUGCUUGAUGUGAAUUUUAUGUUGUAUGCUCCCCACUUCUAAACAUUUUGCUACUUACACUUGGAGGGUUUUCUUUUUUAAGUAACUAUUUUAAAUAAAAUUCAUAGGGCACAGGUGGGGAACCUAUAGCCUGGAGGCCAGCAGUCCCAAUUUAAGCUAUGAGGCAUUUUACCCCAGGCCAUAUUCACUUACCCCACAUGUGACUUCCUACGACAUCAGGUGUAGUACAGCUGUAGCUGCAAAGGAACAACAAGGAGUGUUAAAGUGCACUAAUUUGCCUGCAAGUGGGGCUUGCAUUCAAUAUCUUUAAACUUGGUCCUGAAUACCAGAUCUUCUGGGAUUGGCUCCACUCAAGAGACUCCGGAACAGAAGUUUUGAAUGAAGCCAUCCCUGCCACAAAGGGACGCAGGUGGCACUGUGGGUUAAACCACAGAGCCUAGGACUUGCUGAUCAGAAGGUUGGCGGUUCAAACAUUGAAGUGUUGGACAAUGGCAGAUGAAAUUGAUGGACUAUAUGGAAUUGGCGGAAAUGACUGGCAAGAUCCGAGACCAGGGUGAAGAGUUGGUGGAAGAAGAUUGGAAGAAAUUUAAAGACCAUUUAUAGAGAUAUUGUAAAAUUAAGGAAUGUUAGAAAAAUGUUGGAAUGAAAUUAUAUGGCUUUAGUAGAAAUGUCAUAAGGAAUUAGGUAUAAAUAGAUUAAUAGAAAAUUAAAGGAAAAGUAUGGCAAGAAUGUGUUAAGAUAAUUAUAGAACAGAAAACAGAGUAAGAUGGAAAGGAAUUGCUGAAACAAAUAAUGGAAGUGGAAUACAAAAAGGGAGGUGGGAGGAGGCCGCUGGAAAUAAGGGAAUGAAAUAUAAGAUAUUGAAAAUGUUUGAGGUGAUUUUAAACUGUUUUUGCUUGUUUUUAUUUGUUUUUUUAGUUCAUGUAGCGUUUGUGUAUUGUAUUUGCAUUGCUUUUUCUUUUCUUUCUUUUUUCUUUUUUAGUUUGUGUUGGAAAUGUUAAAAAAGUAAUAAAUAUCAUUUAAAAAACAAACAAACAGAAGGUUGGUGGUUCAAAUCCCCGCGACGGGGUGAGCUCCCGUUGCUCGGUCCCUGCUCCUGCCAACCUAGCAGUUCGAAAGCACUUCAAAGUGCAAGUAAAUAAAUAGGUACCACUCCGGCAGGAAGGUAAACGGUGUUUCCGUGCGCUGCUCUGGUUCGCCAGAAGCGGCUUAGUCAUGCUGGCCACAUGACCCGGAAGCUGUACGCCGGCUCCCUCGUCCAAUAAAGCGAGAUGAGCACCGCAACCCCAGAGUCGACCAUGACUGGACCUAAUGGUCAGGGGUCCCUUUACCUAUCCCUGCCACAAGCAGGGCUUGCUUGUGGCAGAGAAAGCACUGCAUAAUACUUCUUUGCAGGCGCAGCUUGCAGCCGCAUGGAAACAUUUCCCCUUUUUGCUCGCUUGGAGUGUGAUCAUCUUUCAAAACUGACCCGUAGAAGAUAGGCCAGUUCUGGAUUUGAUUUAUUGAAAACAGGAAGUUCUUAAAUCGUGGAUUAAAGGAAUACCUAUUUUUAUUAAAACCUAGUAUUUAAGGACAGAGAAGAGAGAAAGCUGGGAGAUGAGUCAGAGAUUCGUGAAGACACAGUGGCUUUAGUCAGGAAGAGGUGUCAAGAUAAGACCUGAGCUAUUUUGCACAGGCAAUAGCAACGGACAUUCUUUUUUUCUAAUAUUUAUUGAGUUUCCAUUUCAGAUUGCAGCAGGCACAGAACAUAAAUUUUAGGUCCAGGAAGACAGCAUUUCCUUUCUUCUCUGGCCACUGUGGCCCUGUUUGCAUAUCAUGCUAAGCCAAAUGGAAGCUUAGCACAAAGACCCGAGUGAGUGGGCUCCCAGAGAUCACAGCCAGUCAUUUUGCUUCCAUGCUCUGCUUGAGUUAAACCGGUUUGGCUUAGGGUGUCGUCUCAACCCAGGCUUGUGGUUUAGUGUUGUCCAGACUAAGCACAAAUUCUAACCAAGUUUUGUCCAGGAGAGCUGAAUCACAACCCCAGUUUUGGACAUGGUAAGCCAUGGGUUAGCUCGGCGUGGAACAGAUGCAAAACAAUCAGGGAACGAGCAAAGCAGCCACCAUCUUUUCUCCAAACCAACACGUUUGUGCUAAGCCAUGGUUUGUCUCGGUGUGGUGUGCAAACCAGGCAAAUGAGUCACUUCUGCUCCAUUAAAAUCUCCAUUACUGUAUUUGGAUCACAAGGCUCACAAUAAGGUUACCUUGCAUAAUUCCCUGACAUCUACGGCAUUUAAUAUUGGGUGUAUGUUCACAGUUGUAAGAGAGUCCUUUUCGGGUAGAGGACCCCUUUCCCCAUCACCUAGGGUUUGCUUGUUUGUUUUUAAAAAACAAUGUAUAAUCAUAAAGCGUAAGGAUAGAGAUGGGAAUGUGCCCAGGCUGUGCCAAUAUUGCAAAGCUGUCAAGAAAGACCAUUUACAACUGUUGCACUUUCCUUAAUUUCAUUGUUAGCAAUUCUGCACUUAUCUGCAAUGGGAUUCAUGACAUGUUGAACUUACCUUUGUGUGUUUACCCUGCCAGGAGAAACGGGAUUUGAACCUUGCUAUUCUGAAGUGUUGGAGGUGGUAAAGGGAAAACUGCAUCAACCAGAUGAGAUUCGGCACAGCUCCUUCUAUGCCUUUUCCUAUUAUUACGAUCGGGCUGUGGACACCGCCCUGAUAGGUGAAUAGCAAACAUUUGAAAUCUUGCUUGAGCUCUAUGACCCUUGGGGAAUGAAUGCCCUUCUUUCAGUCAGUCACCUACACGAUGGGACUCGAUGAGCCGUUCCAGAUGCUCCUCUAUUCAUGCAAUGAAUGCACAUGGGUCGUUCAUUUGUUGCAGGAAUAUCUUAUUAUCCCGGCAUGGUAAGCACUGGAAGUAUAUAUUGUACCUGGAGAAAUAUGAUUCCCCCAGCCCAGAUAGUGUAUCCAUUGUGAAUGUGGUUGCACCAGAUGUCACUGGCACCUAUUGAAUAUCACAAGCAUGAGCAAUGCAGCCAGCACCACUUUAUGAACCUUUUAAAACGUGCCUUCCCCUUUUCAGUUGUAUGAGGAUGGAUUAAAGUGUGGCUGCAGAUGGUUGAGGAUAGUGCAAACGUAGUGCUUAGAACAGAAUUCCUUUAACCUCUGGAAGAGCCUUAACAAUAAAGGAGUGUUUUUGCAUGCUUCCUUCUGUAUAAAUGAUUGGUGUUAUUUCAUUCACUCCUGUGGAGAAUGAAAGCAGCAGCACAGUUGGUUGGGCAGGUGCCACUGCCAGGCUAUCAUGGCUCACGGGGUCACCAGCCUUUUUGGGUUGAUGGGCACGUUUUGAGCUCUCUCCCUGUGUGUGUGUGUGUGUGUGUGUGUGUGUGUGUGUGUGUGUGUAGCUAUCACCCCCUCUAGUUGCAUCUCUCCCAACAAAAUAUGUGUUUGUACAUGCUUGUUGUUUUACAGGCCUUGGUAGGGAUGAAGGAGGAACUCCUCCUCCUCGCUUCAUGACAAAGGGGGCAGUAAGCAGGGGGGCAGUCUUUGUGGGCACCAGAAGUCCAUAAGUUUGCUGCUUUGCCCAUAAAUGCUAUACUGGUGCCCAUGAUCUGAGUUGAAGCUAGUGCUUAAAUGUUUAACUUGUUUUAAAUUAAAUAAACAUUAAAUGUUUAAAUGACAACUUAAAUGUUUGUCAUUAAUGUUUGCUGUAUUUCUUUCCUAGUCAGUCCACCUACCAAGGGUAUGUUCCAUAGGCCAGUGACAGGACUCUGGGUAAACAGACUAUUUGCAUUAGCUGUUUUACGUAUUGGGGUUCCGUGGCAGACACAAACGGCUUCCUUCAUAGACCAGUUGGCAUGGAAAGGAAAUCUGUGAGAAGAAAAUGUGAAAACCAUGGCUUUAAGGACCAUAUCUGAAUCUGCCAAACACCACAUUGUAACUCAUUUAAAUGUUUGGGGUUUUUUAUUAUCAGCAUCCCAUGCCAUCCUAAAUUGAUCAGGAAAUCCCGCUAUAACUUGUGUUGGGUAGACUACUACACUUGCCACAGAGAUAAGUGCUUUAUCAGUUUUUCACUGUAUCUCGUAGCCAGAGGAUGACCCUUAUCUUUUGACAUUUCAGAUUAUGAGAAAGGCGGUGUUCUCAAAGUGGAAGACUUUAGAAGAAAAGCCAAAGAAGGUAAAAUGUACUCUGAGAGUUGAAUUAGGGUACUUCCAGUUAAUGGAGCAGUAGUCAUGUCACUUUGAAAUAGUGCCAUGUGAGGGUGUAUUUUAGUCACUCACUGACAUUUGAAAUAUCAGACCAUUGUUGUUUAGGGACAAGGUAAGGCUAAUGGUUUGAUCAGAAUAAAGCAGGUUUCCGAGUAACUGCUUAAGAAAUUAGGAAUUCACUCUGCACGUUUGAAUUCAGAGAACAACUAUGGAAUAGCCAUGAAACAACCAUGGCUAUUAACCAGAAGGUUGGUGGUUUGAGCCCACCAAAGGAUGGCUGUGGGCAAAAUUCCUGCAUUCCAUGACCCUCGGGAUCCCUUCUCACUCUAUAAUUCUAUGAGUCUAUGAUUUUAUAAGGGCAAGUCAGCCAGUCCACAAGCAUUUCAACUACAGUGGUACCUCGGGUUAAGAACUUAAUUCGUUCUGGAGGUCUGAUCUUAACCUGAAACUGUUCUUAACCUGAGGUACCACUUUAGCUAAUGGGGCCUCCCGCUGCACGAUUUCUGUUCUCAUCCUGAAGCAAAGUUCUUAACCUGAGGUACUAUUUCUGGGUUAGCGGAGUCUGUAACCCAAAGCAUUUGUAACCUGAAGCGUCUGUAACCCGAGGUACCACUAUACUUGCAUAGAUUAUGUAUUCCAAUAAAGUGCAUUCACGUGUAUAUAUAUUUAGGAACCAUUUAAAGUGCACAGUCUUAAUAUGGCCAGCAAGUUCCUCUCUCUUCCAGGUAGAAAAUAUUCUGCUUUGGAGUAGCUAAAAACAUAUACUAAACAAUUAAGGGAUUGGGAACAAGUAGAAGAGUGAUGGCUCCCAACUCGGUUUAUUAUUGCACUUGCACCAUUUUCCAUGGUUCUUGUUCUCGAAUGCUCCUAAAGCAGCAUUUGAAACUAAUUUAUGCACAAGUGUAGCACAGGUGGGAAUGAACAAAUGUGGAAUGACCUAUAGGAUCAUACAUGUCCGAGUUGUGGUUCGCAUUCAGCUAGAAUUACAUUUAAUAGUCUUUGUGAUAAUACUGUUUAUUUUGGAGUCACUUACUCCAAUACUGGUGACUAUUCUUCUCAAUUUUUUCUUUGAAGUAUGUGACAAUCUGGACAGCUACAGCUCUGCCAGUCCUUUCCUUUGUAUGGAUCUCAGUUACAUUACAGCUUUAUUAAAAGAAGGAUUUGGAUUUGGAGACAGUACAGUUUUACAGGCAAGUAAAAAUGGUUGAAAGAAGCCUCGGUUUAAGAUUUUAUUUUAUUGACUAGUUGUUGGUACUGGUACUUUGUUCCAUAUGCUUUGGUGAAAUGGGGUGGGUGAAUCUACAUUUUACUUAUUUUAGCAUGGUAAAGAAUAAAGGUAAAGGGACCCCUGACCAUUAGGUUCAGUCGUGACUGACUCUGGGGUUGCGGCGCUCAUCUCGCUUUAUUGGCCGAGGGAGCCGGCGUACAGCUUCCAGGUCAUGUGGCCAGCAUGACUAAGUCGCUUCUGGCAAACCAGAGCAGCACACAGAAAUGCCGUUUACCUUCCCGCCAGAGUGGUACCUAUUUAUCUACUUGCACUUUGACGUGCUUUUGGCAGAAGCUGGGACUGAGCAACGGGAGCUCACCCCGUCGCAGGGAUUCGAACCGCCGACCUUCUGAUCGGCAAGUCCUAGGCUCUGUGGUUUAACCCACAGCACCUGUUAAAAGUCUUUGCAGCUCCUGUUUUUUUCUUCUAGUCAAAUGCAGCUCAAACUUAACAGUAUGGGAUUUUAACGAAGACUUUUAUUAUUUAAACUCAUAACAGCAGGAAGUCACUGUUCAUUAAUAAGUAGUUGCAGUAGUUAACUCCCAGUUUAAAUUGACUUGAAUGCUGCUUAGUGUCCAGUAGUCAGAUAUCCUUGUUUGAGAUCUAACUUGCAGUUAUUUUUACUGCAACUGUACUUUCUAUCAUAUCCAUCUGGAGUUAUACUGGAAAAUAUACUCAGCCUAUACACUAAAAAUGUACUCUGCCUAAAAUGUCUGUAUUGGAACAAGGGUAAUUGAUCUUUUACUUUUCUUCUUUUACAGCUGGCAAAGAAAGUGAACAACAUAGAGACAAGCUGGGCUCUAGGUGCUACCUUUCACCUCCUGCAAUCUCUUGGACUCUCCCAUUGAGAAAACAUCAUCUAUAGAAUAUUAUAUUUUCUUGAAAGAAGAAAAGGCAAUUCUGAUGAGCAUACAGCCAAACACAGACCAAAGUAGAACUGGUUACCUUUAAGACUGAGUGGUUCCAAGCUGUAAUAAGAUGGGUCCUUCUAGGGUAGUAAGAUGUGCUUCGUUGUACAAUUGCUUAACUGAUGCCAAAGGGCCUGAAUUCUGGGUUUAUAGCUUUGGAGCUGAUCUUGUGCAGAGGUGAAGCACAUCUUUAGCAAAGGCAUUUGUACACAUUUGGUACCAAUGCAUCCCAAUAUUGAUCUUCCUCCAUAAUAAUAUUUUGCAGGCCUUCUUGUGCAUGAAACUUAAGAUUCAAAUCUCAAAUAGAUGCUUACGUAAUGAGUUGUUUUUAAACAAAGCCGGAGUGUGCCAUUUACCAACCCUUUGACAUUUAACAAGUUAAGAUUUUUAAGAUUAGUUGACUCCUGAAGAGGGCUGCUGAAACUGGUGGAGCUUUAGUUGUGACAGUCAGUGGAAAAACUUGUUUGUCAACCCUCACAUAUAAGUAGCUGGCUAAACAUAGCGGUAAAGACUUUAGGAACAUCCCAAAAACUUCUCUCCUCUUUACAUCUCUAAAGCUGAGAGCAAGCAAAGGCUUGUAUAUAAGCAUUUUCUGGCUACUUUAGAGGACCACGAGGAGUGCUGGGGAUGAACUGACAUAAAUAAUUUGCUUCUCAGUCUAGCCUUAAAGAAACUUUUAAUGCAAGGCAUCCUGGUGCCUCCUUCCAGUUGCAAAUGAAGGCCUCUGAAAUAAACUUCCUUGGAAAAUGGUAUGGUUAACUGGACCCCAGCAUGGGACUACCACUGAAGCUGAUGCACUACAUGCUGUCAUACCUUAAACAUUGUGUUUGAGCAGGACAUUUCAGACUGCAUAAAUAUGAGACUUAACAUGGUAGCCACUGCACAAAGUGUUUCAUCUCUGUGUUGUCCAGAUAUACCAGUACAGUGUAAACGCUUGCUAAAGAAACCUUGACCAAAUUAGGUUAAGACAUGCCAACCCAAUAUCUCAUUUGACAACACUUUCGGCCCACUGCCCUCUUACUGGAUAUGAAAAGGUAUUAUGGCAAUAUCUGCAGAAUACAAAGUUGGGACACUUACAGUGCAUCUUAGGCAUGUUUGCUCUGAAGUAAUUCCUAUUAGCUCAUUGGGACUUACUCACAAGUAAGUGCAUAGGAUUAGCCUCUUGACUGUGUAUCCUAUUGCCCUGUAUAAGCCUUUAUUUCUACCUAUUUCAGUAUACAUUAGAAAAUUAUGAUGGAAGCCUUAGUUUGGCAGGAACUAUUCUGCACUACCCUCUUUUUAAGUGUCUGAACUCAUUAAUUCUUCUCAACUUAUCCCUAUAACCCUAAAUCAAAGCCCAGCUUCUCUGCACCUUGCUUUCUUGUCCCAUGAGGCAAGUAGUAAAGAAGAUGGCAAACUGGAAGCAAAAUGUUUGGUACUGGACCAGAGCAACAUAGUUUGUUAAAACUCAUUAUAAACUUUUCCUCUGAAACCUCAUUUGUAAACUCAGGCACAAGAUUCUUUUUUCUUUGCAUUGCUCUUCCUCUACCAAAGUUAACCUAUGUUUGAAAAAUUCAGGGUCUUUAUUUCUUCAGGUACUACGUGUUUUGAUUGAUGAGUAACUUCUGCUGCUAAUUAAGAGACCAUUUCUAUAGUCAACCAAAACUGGGCACCAGUUGAGUUUGUCGGGUAGGGCGCAAGACAGACAAGUAGUUUCUUCCUCUUAUGAUCCCAGUGGUGGUGGUACAGAAUUCUAUCUCGCUUCCACAAAUGCCCAUACCUUUCCUAGUGCAAUGAGAUUAUUCGCAGUAUAAUGAUCUGUACGGUGGCCUUGUUGAAAAGCAGCUAUGUAAUUGGCGGAGGAGGAAAGAAACACAUAUUUAACAGUGUACUAAAUUAAGAGUUUUUAAGAAGUCAGAAGUGAAAGCAGAUUAAGUUUUACAUAAUCUUGUAGGUUGAAAGGACACUUAUUUUGGUUUAGCUUAAACCUAUUUUAAAAAGUUAAGCUAAACUGUUAAGCAGACUGAGCCCCUCUUAAAUAAAUUUCCACAGAUGUAGCAUUGCAAGUGCAGGUUGAGUGCUGAUAAGCCUUAGAAUAUCUUUUCAGACAAGUUCUGAAAGUAGUAAAUUGUCAGACGAUAGCGUAAAUAUCCUUACUUAUUAGUUGUGUUCACAUUACUUGGUGCUGUAAUGCCAUUAAACUGAUAAUGUCUGGCCUGGUUGUUUGGCACAUGACUAUGACAGGGCUCUUUGAAUGUCUAUUUUAGUAAUUAAACAAUAUUUUUAACAAAAUGUUCUCAGACUCCAUUCUGUAACUUGAGUCUCAGUCUUGCAGUCCUUGGAGGCAGAAGAGAAUCAGUGCAGUCUUGAAGAGGGAGCAACAUUCUGCUCCUCUGUUUCGCAGCCAAGAAGGCUGAAAGAGAUGCCGACUAAGCUUGCAGCUCAGAAUCUUUUGUCCGAAGCAGUAAAAAAAAAAUCCUGCAUGCGAUCUUCAAACUGGAUACAAGUAAAUUCAUUCCAACAAUACUGUUUUCAAGGCCAAUAUUUAGAGUUCCAGAUCCAGUACUGUGUCAGAUUAGAGAUAGACCUUGACAUUCUAGAAGAAAACAAUCUGCUGGUUCUCUUGGAGGAAAGAACUCCAGCCACAAUCGGCAAACGUAAGGCAAUACUGUGCUCCCCGUUUUGUUUUAAUACCAUUUCAAACACAGUCUUUGUAAUUAAUGAGUAUACAGCAACCACGCAGGAACUAUCAUCCUAGUCACAAGGAUGUCACUUGCUAGCAAAAGCCAUGAUCUGCUCCUAAAGAAAGAAGAAAGAACGUUAUUUCUAUUUCUGAUGAAGCUCUGCCACCCUUUGCUGCCGGACAGGGCACAGAGGGGAUCUAAAGCAAGAUUACUAAGAUAUAAGAGAGCUCUACUCCAAUGUCAUCAGCUAUGACAUGCACAAGCUAGCUUUUGUUUGCUUUACACUUCUUAAGUACAUAAUAAACUAACAGUGCAAUCCUAUAAAUAUCUACUCAGCUCUGCAGAUACCUUCCCAGCUGAAAAUGAGAGGCUACACCAGAAGCCUUUAGGGUAAUCUCUCAUAAGCACCAAACGGCAAUGCUUCUUACUUAACCAGUUCACACCUCCCUUCAGGAUAUGAAAGACUGCCACAGAUGCUGCACUGUGGGUCUGCGUGGAUAGUGUCAGCUUGUGGCAUUUGUGUUGCUCCAGACACGCUAGUACUGUUCACCAAGCACACUUAAUGGGGGAACUAGCAUGGCUGGACCAAAGACAGCAAUUAUGAUACCUUUUCUAAGCUGUCCUAGUAGGAAAUAAGAUGAUCCCAUUUCCUGCAUUUGUGUGUUACCUUACCACCUGGCAUAGGAAAGAAUAAAUUGGGCCAAACCUAAUUACCGAAGUGCAAACUACAGGCUAUUGGUUUGGUUUUAAUUCAAAUAUCACUGUACUGUAAAUGUUUCCCAUAGGUCUGUGCCAUUUUGGACACAUCCCAUUGCACUUGGAAAUUACAGCGCGUUCAUACAUUCGUCUCUACAAAUACCUGGUGGGGCUCAAGGUGAGAGCUGGGGAAUUGGAUAGUUCCUAUAAAGAAGGAACCAUUCCUCCCUCUUGAACCAUAAGAAGAGCAAAUUGUUUAAUUCCAGAAAUUCAUCUGAAUUGGUACCCACCUUGGGUCUACCAAAUGGAGAAAGGCAAGAUAUAAAUAAUAAUCAAAUAUUUAGGCUCUAGAUUUAGUGCCCUAGUCUAAAUGCUAGUGACUACGCAACCUUGCCAUAGGAAGGAGACACAUACUUAGGGAAGCUACACUCUAGUUGCAACACUCUUAUUUGGGAUUAAGCAAAUUUCUUAAUCUUAAUUUAAUAAGCAACUUC